AUGAACCAAAAAUCAACAUAUCUAUCGGAAUAUGUGAAAUCAAUUCUAUUGGAUAAACAACAACAAAAACAACAACAGCAAUCAGUCAAUUACAAUAAUUUUAAGCUUAAAGAUGAAAUAUUAGAAUUGAUUUUAUUCGAUCUAAAAGAGUUUACAAAGAAUAAUCAAAAUGAGUUAGAUAUCAAUUUGGUAACUCAUUAUUUUAGUACUGCAUUGAAGCUAAGAACAUUAGGUGAUACAAUUCUAAAUGAUAUAAAUCGAUCGAUUGAAAUUGAAACAACAUCUUCACUCCUGAAUCAACUUCCAUUUAAAGGAUGGUCCGAUUCCAAUAUAACAAUAUUAGAUGAUUUAAUUAUCAUUGAUAAAAUAGGUGAUUUCAUUGCAAAUUCAAUAAGAUUACUAUCCACCAAUAGUAGUAAUACUACUACAAUAGUAUCAUCAAACAAUAACUAUAACAACAGUGAUAUUAUAUUGUAUUCAUCGAUUUUAGCAUCUAUAAUGGAAAGACUUCUCGGUAAUAUAAUAAGAUUACAAUAUCUAAUGGAAUCAUCAUCGUUGGUAUACCAGAGUUUUAAAGCACCUGCAGAUCACAAAAUGCUAAGAGAUAUACUUGAAGAUAGAUAUUUAGAGAGAGCAAUCGGUGUGAAUCUCCUAUGGCUAUUGAAAAUAGCUUCUUUCUCCUCAUCUUCAUCUCCAGCAAACAAAACUAUAACAAUUAAACCAUUAUUGAGUCUUAAAAAUAGAUUUAAGAAUCUACCAACAACAACAACAAUAUUCAUCAACGAACAACAACAACAACAACAACAACAACAACAACAACAACAACAACAACAGAUAUUUGAAAAACUACUAAUAAUGAAUGAACAAUUCAUAGUUAAAGGUAGACAUUCAAUAUGGUUACAAUCAUUCAAAUAUUACCAAAUGUCUAAAUUACAAUUAGAGAAAGACAACAACAACAACAACAACGACAACUCUAAAUAUUAUAAAUACUUCUCAUUAGUUUUGCUACUUCCACAACUUGAACAUUCUCUUCGUUGUCUGUUUGUAGAGUGUAACAAGCUGUCAGAACGAUUCCUGAAUGCCGACUAUCUUAGUUACUACACUACACUUGACAUCUUCUUAUCUGACAAACUUACUCUAAACGAAUCGUCGCAGUCUCAACAACUUCAAAUUUCACAAUCUUCUUCUGCAUCGUCUUCUUUGGAAGGUAAUACCACCAAACCAUACUAUAAAUAUCAAGAUCCAAAAUAUAGUAAAUUAUCACAACAACAACAACAACAACAACAACAAGAAGAAGGAAAAGAAGGAAAAGUAGUAACGGAGGAACAGACAAAUGAAUGUAAAUUAAUUGAAUUUGAAAAUCAAAUGUAUCGAAUUCUUGGAAAAGACAUUGUUUUGGCACUGUUGGAUCUUCUGAUGUACCAAGAAGGACCGAGAAUCAGAGAUAGAAUAUCACAUGGUGAAAUCAAUUAUUUCGAAAUACCAGAUUACUUUAUCGAUCUUUUAUUUCAACUGUCACUAUCCAUCAUAUUGAAAACAACAAAACAACAAGAUAAUAAUAAUAAUGAUCAUCAUAUUAACAAUACUAUACAACCAACAAUACCAACAACACCAUCAUUUCAUCCACAACAACUAACUACCAAUACGAUACAAAAAACAAUAGAAUCAAACAGCAAGCUAUCAAGGUAUUUAGAAAAGUUGGUACUGCAAAAAGAUAAAGCGCUAUUAUCUGACUAUUUAAAUCAACCUUUGAUUUCAUUGAACGAAAAAGAAGAUGAAGAAGAAGAAGAAGAUAACAAUCAAACAUUAAAUUGUAAUAUCGAUAUAUUGAUACCUUCGAAUCAAGAUAUAAGUUAUUUCAAUAGUAUAAAGAGAUUGGUUGGGAGUAUCGAUCGAUUGAUCAAUGGGUUCCUUGACUCUGGUAAAUCGUUGAAACAACAGGUCAUCAAAGAACAAUGUACUUCGAAACGACUGCAGAAUUCCUUUUACAAAUGGUGUGGAUUGUCAAGAAGAUUCUCAGACUAUACCAUACAUAAUCAAUCAUUAAUAAUUAAACAAUUCAAUCAAUAUUUACAAUCAAAUAAUAAUAAUAAUAAUACUUUUGUAAAAUUACUAAAAUCAAAUGAUAAACUAAAUCAAUAUUUUGAAAAGAUUUUGAUGUCGGAAGAAGUUGAAGAGAAGAUCAUCAAUGAAGAAUAUAAGAUAUGGAAGAAAAAUACACCAUAUCUUUACGAUAUGAUUAUUACACAUGCUUUGGAAUGGCCUUCUUUAACUGUUAAUUGGAUGCCACAAAAGACAACUCCACCAAAUAAACAAUAUUCAGUAGAGAAAUUAGUUCUAGGUACACAUACAUCGGAUGCAGAACAAAACUAUUUGAUGGUUGCCAAGGUACAUCUACCGAUCGAUGGUGCUUCGAUUGACUCGAUCAAAUGGGAUACAAGAACAGGAACGAAACCACUUCAUAUUGUUGAAGCACACUCCAGUGAGGUCAAUUGUUUGUCGUUCAAUCCAUUCAGUGAGUUUUUAAUUGCAACGGGAUCGACCGAUAAAACUGUAGCGCUUUGGGAUAUGAGAAAUCUGAGUAGUCGUCUUCAUACACUGAUGUCACACACCGACGAAGUCUUCCAAGUACAGUGGUCGCCACACAACGAAACCGUGUUGGCAUCGUGUGGAUCGGAUCGUCGUGUCAAUGUUUGGGAUCUCUCGAGAAUCGGAGAGGAGCAAAACAGUGAAGAUGCAUCGGACGGACCACCCGAACUUCUCUUUAUCCACGGUGGACACACCUCAAAGAUCUCUGACUUUAGCUGGAAUCCACACGAUCCAUGGGCAAUCGCAUCGGUUGCCGAAGACAACAUUCUUCAGAUCUGGCAGAUGGCCGAGAAUAUUUACAAUGACAAAGAGGAAGAUGAUAAAGUAUCUCCAUCUCAACUCGGUGAAUAA